UUCAUAUACCCACCAUUCUCUUACUUAUCAUUCUCGCUCACCUUCUCGUGAAAGAUUACAUAAUCGUGAUCGUGAUGGAUCAAGAGAUGUUGAAGAAAGAAGAGCAUUGAGAGAAGAAAAUUCGGCUCUAAGAUCCCAAGUUGCCUUGUUUGAAGAAAGUCUAGGACGUCUUGAAAGGGCCCAAUCAUCUGACACCUUGCCUGAACAUCUUGAAAGGGCCCAAUCAUCUGACACCUUGCCCGAAGAAAUACUAGGAUAUCUUGAAAGGACCCAAUCAUCUACUUAG